CCCAAAAUAUAUUACCCCACAAUAAAUCCAUCGACCUUCACACAUCGGCAGCUUUCCCUUCGCACUGCUCUUCCAUCAGCCAUGGCGGAGGCCCAAACCCCUGUAAAUCAUGUUUCAAACCCGGACCACUACUCGGCUCCAGCUUCAAACCCUAAUACAAAUCCUGAUGCUCGGCCAGCACCAGCGGAUCUUCCAACUAUUGGUCCAGCGCCACCGCCUGCCAAGGAUUCACUUCCGGCAGAUAAUACGAGGCCAUCCAGUACCUCUGCUUCUGCUACCACCACCAUUACCUCUGGCGCUACGCUCAAGAGGCGGAGGGAAGAGGACGGUGCCGUGGACGCGGAGGCGGGGACCUCAACUGACAUUCCGGCGGCGAAGCGUCGAGUGAAGGCCACUCACGACAUUAUAUACCGGAUUGUGGUGCCUUCGAGGCAGAUCGGGAAGGUCAUAGGAAGAGUGGGUCAUCGGAUUCAGAAGAUUCGGGAGGAUACCAAAGCUACUAUCAAGAUUGCCGACGCUAUCUCUCGUCAUGAAGAGCGAGUUAUCAUUAUAAGCUCAAAAGACAGUGACAACGUUUUCUCUGAUGCAGAAAAUGCCCUUCAUCAAAUUGUUAGUCUGAUCCUCAAGGAUGAUGAUGGUAAUGUGGAGGCAGCAAAAGUUGGUCCUGGACAUGUGGCAGCUAAUACAGUAAGGCUUCUGAUUGCCGGUUCGCAAGCAGGUGGAUUGAUUGGAGUGUCGGGUCAGAAUAUAGAGAACUUGAGAAAUUCUUCUGGGGCAACUAUUACGGUUCUUUCUCCUAAUCAGUUGCCUCCAUGUGCAUCUGCUCAUGAGUCUGAUCGAGUUGUCCAGGUGAGAAACUCAGGGACUCAUCUUCCAGACAAACUUUUAAAGCUGAAUUGAACUUCAAUUUCUUACCAAUCCUCCUGUACUCUAAUAAAAAAAUUUAACUUGUGUAAUGUAAUAGACAAAGCUAACUUGUGUACCUUUAACUAAGCAACUAGGUGACUAAUUAAUUCAUAGUGAGACAUGGCUGUGCAUGCUUUUGUUAACAAGAAGAAUUUGCAAGAACUAUCUGUGUGUGUACCUUGGACAAGGAUUCCGUGAUAUAUCAGUAGGCCAACUGUGUUAAUCUCAGUGAUUUGUCUUAUCUUUCUUAUUUGUUCUUUGUGUCCUACAUUUGGCCAUCUAAAUUAUAUGUUAAAAUGUUCUUUUCUGAUAUAGCUGCUUAUGGGUCAACCUUUUGGCUAGAUUUGCGACUAGCAUGAGCUAGAAUUGAUUGAAUAAGUUUCAAACUGUAUAUCUAUAGAGUGUCUAACAGUGUCAGAGGUGAAGAGGCGGUUGUUGAAGAAGCGCAUUCAAGGGUUGUUCUAGUGCCCGAAGGACCUUCAUGAAUGGGGUUUUUUGCUAGAUCAUGUUAGGGAAAAGCAAAGCGUUCUUGCUUAUUAUAUUUUAAGAUUAUAAACUUAGUUAUAAAUGGCUUAAGUUGUCAGCUGGAAGAAGAAGAAAGAAAGAAAGAAAAGGAGUAAGUGGAAGGAUCCGCAAGGUUUAGCCACUCUUCUACUCAUAUUACCAAAAAAUGCAUCAGCUCCAAUUUUCUUGUUGUGAUUGAAGAGUUAAUAGCUUCUGCAUCAUGUUUGGUUCAUUGCCUAGUGGAUAAUGCUGACCCUGCUAAGGAAAUGAAAUACUCUUUUUGCCUGCCUAUUGAACUGCUAAGCGAAAAGUUAUAGCUUUUCCUUCAUA